AUGCAGGAUGAAGACGGGUACAUCACCUUAAACAUUAAAAGCCGGAAGCCAGCUCUCACCUCAGCUGAUGCUGCUUCUUCCUCUUUAUGGCGCGUGAUGACUCUGGUUCUGCUGGUCAUAUGCAUGGGGAUGGUCGUUGGGCUGGUGGCCCUGGGGAUGAUGACUGUCACACAGCAAAUUUACCAACAACCAGAGAAUGAAAAUCCCUCAGCAACUCUGAAGCAACUAACAAAGAAGGUCUGUCAAGAUUUCCUACAAAUAUUAGAACAAUUAGAACCAAAAGUUGUUCUCACUCAUCCCUGCAGCCCCUGUGAUAAAAACUGGCGAUACUAUGGAGAUAGUUGCUAUGGAUUCUUCAGGCAGAAUGUGACUUGGGCCGGAGGUAAGCAGUAUUGUGCUGACAGAAAUGCCACCCUCGUGAAGAUCACCGACCAGAACAUUCAGGAAUACAUCAAAAGCAGGACUAAUUUCUUUCGUUGGGUUGGAUUAUCCCGCCGGAACUCUAACGAUUGGACAUGGCAAGACGGCUCCAUCCCCUCCAGCAGCAUAUUUGAGCUUUCUGGAAAUGCAAGAGAGACUAUGAAUUGUGCUUAUUUUCAUAAUGGGAAGAUUCACCCGACCUCCUGUCAGAACAAGUAUUUUUUAAUGUGUGAGAGGAAGGCUGGCCUGGCAAGGGUGGACAAACUGCUUGACUACAAAGUGACCAAAGGGACAGCAGAGACAAAUGCCUGAGUGCACCAUAGCAGAUGUGGGUGAAGGAAGAACCAGCCAUCAGUCUGCUUACUUACCUCUUUAUUCGUCUCCUUUGGAGUCACUUUGACAUUAU